UACUUGAUGAAUCUCAUUCCCCACUUCAGAUUUCGAUCAAGAAAACUCAGGUUCAGCUCGUACUGAAGAGAAAGACAGAGAAAGAGAGAUGGCGACAGGUAUAGAGUCACCAAAUUUCAAAAAGUAUGGAGUUCCCAUAUACGGUGCAUCAUGGAUCCCUUCUAGUGCAAUCAAAUCAGUCGCAACCACAAAGGAAGAUGCAGACAAUCGCGACGGUGAGGACGAAUCUCCGACCGACGGACCAUCUCCUUCGUCAAUUUCUUCGGAAGGCUAUCUGAUAUUCUCCGGAGGAGGUGGAGAAGGUCGCAGCGGUAUCCCCAACGCCCUCCUUCUCACGCAUUUUGACUCCGCUGCCAAUUCUCUUUCUGAUCAACCUAUUGUGAAACUUGGAACUGGCACUGAUUUGCCUUACAGAAUGGCUGUCCACCCUGGAGGAGAAGGGGCGAUCUGUUCUUUUCCAGAAAGUUGCAGAUGGUUUGAUUGGGAUGCUCUCACAAGUGACGGUGAUCAUAAACUGGGUGUAAAAGCAUCUGACAAAAUCCUCAGUCAAUUAGAAAAUGUUGGUCAACAAUUAGCAUUUGCUUUUAGUAGUGAUGGUUCUGUUUUAGCUGUUGGAGGAGAGGAUGGUAAGCUGAGGGUUUUCAGUUGGCCAAGCAUGGAACUUAAACUUGAUGAAGCUAAAGCUCAUGCUUCUAUUAAGGACUUGCAUUUCAGUCCAGAUGGGAAGUUUCUUGUAUCUGUUGGGAGCGGCGGCCCUGGCAGGGUUUGGGAUGUAGAAUCAUCCACUCCUGUAGCAGCUUUAUCAAAAGAGAAUUCUGAAAUGUUUUGCUUCUGCCGGUUCUCCCAAAGCAGUGACAAUAAGGCGGUCCUAUACAUCUCUGCUAUGCAAGACCGAGGUGGAAGUAUAGUGAAAUGGGACACUUCUUCAUGGAAGAGGUUGUCUUCGAAGCAAGUUGUUAGAGAUCCAAUUUCUUCCUUUACAGUUUCCCCCGAUGGAAAACUUUUAGCAAUAGGAACAAUUGUGGGAGAUGUUGUGGUAAUAGAUUCCGCCAGCCUCCGUUUACACAGUAUGGUUAAGAAAGCACACCUUGGGAUUGUAACAGCUUUGAUGUUCUCCAAUGAUUCAAGGGCUUUGGUGUCUGCAUCUAUGGAUUCAAGUACAAGGGUGACUAUUAUUAAAGAGAAAAAGGAAAAUGGAAUGAACUGGUGGAUAAUCAUUCUCAUGGUGCUUCUUGCUGUAGCCAUGUAUUAUUAUGCAAAGAGAGAAGGUUUCUUCCCUUAGUGACAAUGGUCGGUUACUUACUAAAAUAAACCUUCACACAAUGAAGAAGAUAAAAGAAUAUAUGGCUUUUCUACAUGAUGAUGAAACAUGUUCAUCUUCUCCAAAGCACAUAUCUGUUUGUUGUGUGUGAUAGAUAGUGUUAGAUUGUAAAAUUGAGGUUAUUUUGUGGAGUUGUCAUGUUGGUUUCAUGUUUUUGUUUG